AAAGUAAUCAUUACAAGAGCCUUCGGGGGUGUUACAGUAAUUUCAAAAUUACUGCUAUGUUUACAAGACUCGACCAAAGCGAUGAACCCGAGACCAUUGCCGAGCUCCAUUCUGCUCCAUUGCAUCUUCUCUCUCUGUAAUCUGAAAAAUUAAUUAUCUUUUUUCUUAUUUUUUCUUUGUUGAAAAAGUCAUGUUAUUUCUGAAUGUUAUCUUAUUUGAUUCCACUGGAAUCGAACCAAACCCAUGACAGGAGAGAAUGAUAAGAACCAGAUCACCAAUAUUGAUCUAAAUGUAAUAAUAAAAAAAAAAGUUACUAUGACGAUUCAUUCUUGAGAAAGUCUCUUUCUUUCUCUACAUUUCUCCAAAUCUCUCUCUCCCUUGAUUUCUAAUUCUAAGAGAAAGCAAUGUCGCUUGACAUAAAGAGACCUAUCGCCAACAAGACGAAGAAAAAGACAGCCUUCAUCGUCAAUAUGCAGCUAAAUCACAACAACAACAACAGAGGAGGAAACAACCUCUUUAUCGUCUUCUUCAGACAUUAUUACAGAUGGAUCCUCUGGUUUUUCCUCUCUCUCUAUUUCUUCACAUCUUACUUCGCCGGAGACCAAUCAUCACCGUCUUCAACCACCAUUACAACUAGAAAUAUCAUCUCUAACCACAAAACGUCGUCGUCUCUCCCGUCUCACGCCCUCAUCGAAUCCUCCGCCAUUGUCAAACAAGCUCACGCGUCUGCGUUCAGCGGGAUGAAGAUUUACGUAUACGACUUACCGGCGAGAUUCAACGCCGACUGGGUCACGGCUUCGGACCGGUGCGCCAGUCACCUCUUCGCGGCUGAGGUAGCCAUCCACCGUGCGCUUCUCUCCGACUCCUCCGUCCGUACGCUGAAACCGGAAGAAGCUGACUUCUUCUUCGUCCCCGUGUACGUCUCCUGCAACUUCUCCACCGCCAACGGCUUCCCUUCUCUGACCCACGCUCGCUCCCUCAUCUCCUCCGCCGUUGAUUUUAUUUCCGACAGUUACCCGUUUUGGAACAGAACUCGAGGCUCCGACCAUGUGUUCGUAGCUUCGCAUGACUUCGGUGCAUGCUUCCACGCCAUGGAGGAUAUGGCCAUUGAAGCAGGCAUUCCCGAAUUUAUGAAGAACUCGAUCAUUUUACAGACGUUUGGAGUAAACUACAAGCAUCCAUGUCAAGAAGCAGAGCACGUGGUGAUCCCGCCUUAUAUUUCGCCUGAGAGUGUACAGAGAGCAAUAGACAGAUCUCCGGCGAACAGACGGCGAGACAUAUGGGCGUUUUUCCGGGGGAAGAUGGAAGUCAACCCUAAGAAUAUUAGCGGACGCUUUUACAGCAAGGGAGUGAGAACGGCGAUUCUGAAGAAAUACGGCGGGAGAAGACGGUUCCAUCUUAACCGGCACCGGUUUGCUGGAUACCGAGAGGAGAUCUUGCGGUCCGUGUUUUGUCUUUGUCCUCUCGGGUGGGCCCCGUGGAGUCCACGUCUAGUGGAAUCCGCCGUGUUGGGUUGCGUCCCCGUGGUUAUCGCAGAUGGGAUUCGGUUACCGUUCUCUGAGACGGUGCGGUGGUCGGAGAUAUCUCUCACGGUGGCGGAGAAAGACGUGAGGAAUCUACGCAAGAUAUUGGAACACGUGACCGCGACCAAUUUGUCAAUGAUACAGCGAAACUUGCGUGAGCCGGCGUUUAAGCGGGCCCUCUUGUACAAUGUGCCGAUGAUGGAAGGAGAUGCUACGUGGAAUAUUCUCGAUGCGUUGUCGAGGAAACUAGAUCGGUCUUACAGAAGGUCAAGGGUUUUGAGCCAAUGAAAUGUUGACACGUAAGAUGCUGUCGCGAAAUGGAUGCUAGGCUGGAUAUUUUUGACUCUUUCGAUAUUGGUAACUGGAAUGUCUUGGUGCGGGGUCCAUAACGUGAGAGGCUUAAGUCGGACACGUGAGAUGUUGGCUGAGCUGGCUAUCAUUGAGUGGAUCAGCAUGUGCCCUCAGGGAAGUGAAAGUGUAAAGUAUGCUGAUGUGUAAUUCUUUUGUAUGAGUAGGCAUUCGAUUCUUUGAAUAUAAAAAUUGACUUGUAGAUCGUAAUGCAUGCAGGGUUAAAUCUCAACUUUGGUUUAAAAUCCAGUAAUAGUAACGCUAUCUAAUUAACACGAGUUUAGUCUUAUCUCAGGAAUUUACAACUAUAUGUUUGAU